AUGACCCCGUGGGUCGUGAGACUUCGAGGGCAGAGCAGGAGACUCCUGCAGGGACCCCCUGAGGAGCUCACCAAUGCCCUGGAGAUCAGCAACAUUGUCUUCACCAGCCUCUUUGCCUUGGAGAUGCUGCUGAAGCUGCUGGUGUAUGGCCCCUUCGGCUACAUAAAGAACCCUUACAACAUUUUCGAUGGAGUCAUCGUGGUCAUUAGUGUGUGGGAGAUCGUGGGCCAACAAGGUGGAGGUCUGUCUGUACUUCGGACCUUCCGGCUGAUGAGGGUGCUGAAACUGGUGCGUUUCCUGCCUGCUCUGCAGCGACAGUUGGUGGUGCUCAUGAAGACCAUGGACAACGUGGCUACUUUCUGCAUGCUACUUAUGCUGUUCAUCUUCAUCUUCAGCAUCCUGGGCAUGCAUCUCUUUGGCUGCAAGUUUGCAUCUGAGAGAGAUGGGGACACACUGCCUGAUCGGAAGAACUUUGAUUCUUUGCUUUGGGCCAUUGUCACAGUCUUCCAGAUCCUAACUCAAGAGGAUUGGAACAAGGUCCUCUAUAAUGGCAUGGCUUCAACGUCCUCCUGGGCAGCUCUCUACUUCAUUGCACUGAUGACUUUCGGCAACUACGUCCUCUUCAAUCUACUUGUGGCUAUCCUGGUUGAGGGCUUCCAGACCGAGGGAGAUGCCACGAAGUCUGAGUCGGAGACAGAUUUCUUCUCACCAAGUGUGGAUGGGAAGGGGGACAGGAAGAAGCACUUGGCCUUGAUGUCCCUGGGAGAGCACCCAGAACUGAGGAGGAGUCUUCUGCCACCCCUCAUCAUCCAUACCGCUGCCACACCCAUGCCUUUGCCCAAGAGUGUUGGGUUAGGGGAGGCUUCAGGCCCUGCUUCUCGAAGACAAAGUGGCAGUGGCUCCAACGACCCCAAUAUGGCCCAUGAGAUGAAGUCACCGCCCAGUGUCCGAAGCUCCCCCCACAGCCCCUGGAGUGCAGCGAGCAGCUGGAACAGCCGACGGUCCAGCUGGAACAGUCUUGGCCGGGCGCCCAGCUUGAAGCGACGGAGUCCAAGCGGAGAGCGUCGGUCGCUGCUGUCUGGGGAAGGGCGGGAGAGCAUGGAGGAGGAUGAAACCUCAGAUGAGGACCAGGCCAGCCGGGUGGGGAGUGACCCCCGAGCAGGUUCUCUGGACAGAGAGACCAAGGGCUCAUUUGACCUCCAGGACACGCUCCAAGUACCUGGGGUAUAUCGCACAGCCAGUGGCCAGAGCUCAGCCUCAGAGCACCAAGACUGCAAUGGCAAGACAGCAUCAGGUCAUCCUGACCGAAACCUACAGCUGGAUGAGCCCCAGCUAGAGGGGGACGAUGCUGAUGAUGAGGGCAAUAUGAGCAAAGGGGAGCGAAUAAGAGCAUGGAUCCGAUCUUGGCUCCCUACCUGCUGCAGGGAAAGAGAUACCUGGUCUGCCUACAUCUUCCCUCCUCAGUCUAAGUUCCGACUGAUGUGCCAUAAAAUCAUCACCCACAAGAUGUUUGACCAUAUUGUCCUGGUUAUCAUCUUUCUCAACUGCAUCACCAUUGCCAUGGAGCGCCCCAAAAUUGACCCCCACAGUGCCGAGCGAAUCUUCUUGACGCUUUCCAACUAUAUUUUCACUGCAAUCUUUCUGGCUGAGAUGACAGUGAAGGUAGUAGCCCUAGGCUGGUGCUUUGGGGAGAAGGCUUACCUUCGGAGCAGCUGGAACAUCCUGGAUGGGCUGCUUGUACUCAUCUCUGUCAUUGACAUCCUGGUUUCCAUGGUCUCAGACAGUGGUACCAAGAUUCUGGGCAUGCUUAGAGUGCUUCGGCUCCUCCGAACACUCCGACCACUCAGAGUCAUCAGCCGGGCCCAGGGGCUAAAACUGGUGGUGGAGACUCUGAUGUCAUCCUUGAAGCCCAUUGGAAACAUCGUGGUCAUUUGCUGUGCCUUCUUCAUCAUCUUUGGCAUUUUGGGAGUGCAGCUCUUCAAAGGGAAGUUUUUCAUAUGCCAGGGCGAGGACACGAGAAAUAUCACCAAUAAGUCAGACUGCACUGAGGCCAGUUAUCGGUGGGUCAGACACAAGUACAACUUUGACAACCUGGGUCAGGCCCUCAUGUCCUUGUUUGUGCUGGCCUCUAAGGAUGGCUGGGUGGACAUCAUGUAUGAUGGGCUGGAUGCUGUGGGUGUUGACCAGCAGCCCAUCAUGAACCACAACCCCUGGAUGCUGCUGUAUUUCAUCUCCUUCCUGUUAAUCGUGGCCUUCUUUGUGCUGAACAUGUUCGUGGGUGUGGUGGUGGAGAACUUCCACAAGUGUCGGCAGCACCAGGAAGAGGAGGAGGCCCGGCGCCGGGAAGAGAAGCGCUUACGGCGGAUGGAGAAAAAGAGAAGGAGUAAGGAGAAGCAGAUGGCUGAUCUAAUGCUGGAUGAUGUAAUAACCCCCCGCAGCUCUGCCAGCGCAGCACCAGAAGCACAAUGCAAACCCUACUAUUCAGACUACUCGAGGUUCCGUCUCCUCGUCCACCACAUGUGUACCAGCCACUACUUGGAUCUCUUCAUCACUGGCGUCAUCGGCCUAAAUGUAGUUACUAUGGCCAUGGAACAUUAUCAGCAGCCUCAGAUCUUGGAUGAGGCUUUGAAGAUUUGUAACUACAUCUUCACCGUUAUCUUCGUCUUGGAGUCUGUUUUCAAACUUGUGGCCUUUGGUUUCCGACGAUUCUUCCAGGACAGGUGGAACCAGCUAGAUCUGGCCAUCGUGCUGCUUUCCAUCAUGGGGAUCACUCUGGAGGAGAUCGAGGUCAACGCAUCGCUGCCCAUCAACCCCACCAUCAUCCGAAUUAUGAGGGUGCUCCGGAUCGCGCGUGUGCUGAAGUUGCUGAAGAUGGCAGUGGGCAUGCGGGCUCUGCUGGAUACAGUGAUGCAGGCCCUGCCCCAGGUGGGGAACCUAGGGCUCCUCUUCAUGUUACUGUUUUUCAUCUUUGCAGCUCUAGGUGUGGAACUCUUUGGAGACCUGGAGUGUGAUGAAACCCACCCCUGUGAGGGCCUGGGCCGCCAUGCCACCUUCAGAAACUUUGGUAUGGCCUUCUUGACCCUUUUCCGAGUUUCUACUGGUGACAACUGGAAUGGCAUCAUGAAGGAUACCCUCCGAGACUGUGAUCAGGAGUCCACCUGCUACAACACUGUCAUCUCGCCCAUCUACUUCGUGUCUUUUGUAUUGACUGCCCAGUUUGUGCUGGUGAACGUGGUCAUCGCAGUCCUGAUGAAGCACUUGGAGGAGAGCAACAAGGAGGCCAAGGAAGAGGCAGAGCUGGAGGCUGAGCUGGAGAUGGAGAUGAAGACUUUGGCCCCACCCCAGCCUCCCAUCUCGGGAGACCCCUUUUCCUGGCCCCAGGGAGAGGGAGGGCCAGACAGCCAGCCUGGCAGCCCAAAGCUCAGGGCCCCUCAGGCCUUGCACGUCAAAGUGGCUUCUCAACUCUCCUUGGCCCACCCCACGACUGUGACCCUUCCCCACUCUGAGGCUCUGGCCACUGGACCCUCUGCCCUCCAACCAAGUCUGCUAACUGUCCGGAAGUCGGGGGUCAGCAGGACCCACUCCUUGCCCAAUGACAGCUACAUGUUCCGAGAUGAGGGCUCCUAUCAGGGCUUCUUAGGGCAGAGGGCCUGGAUGCUUCCCAAAUCUCAGUCAGCAGGCUCAGCUACUUCUAUCCACUCCCAGCCAGUAGAUGCCAGAGCCCUCCUACAGCUUCCCAAAGAUGGGUCCCACCAGCUUCAGCCCCAUGACCUCUCCAACUGGGGCAUAAUCCCCAAACUUCCCCCACCGGGGUGCUCCCCUUCUGCACAGAGGCAGCUUCGGCGACAGGCAGCAAUAAGGGCUGAUUCCCUGGACAUGCAGGGUUUGGGCAGCAGGGAGGAUGUUGUAACUGAGGUGAGUGUACCCUAUACCAUGCCUUCCCAAGAUACUCCCAGCUGGGGCCGUUCCAGCAUCAGAGUCCAGCAACGUCCUCGGAACCAAUGCAAGAAAUCCAAGCACAUGCCACCAGCCCCCUGCCUGGGCACAGACCCUCUCCAGGACAGGUGCCAACCAGGCCACGAGGCAUCGGAGACCAUUAGCUGCCUGGAACUGCAUGCCCAACCAAAAUGGGGCUCAAGCCCCAGGCCCCAACAUCCCCCGACUCCAAAGGGUGGAGAACAUCUGAGAGACCUGAAGAAAUGUUACAGUGCAGAGACACAGGGCCGCCCUCACCGGCCCACCUUGUGGCCAGAUGAACAGAGGAGACACUCCAUCGCUGUCAGCUCUCUGGAUAGCUGUUCCCAGGCCUGCCCAGGCUCUGAUGCCUUGAGCCUUGGAGGCCAGGAGCUGAGCAGGCCAGUGAUAGGACCCAAAAGCUGGCCCAAGAAAAAACUGAGCCCUCCUUGCAUCUCCAUAGAACCACCUGAGAGCCAGGGUUCCCGGCCCUUGCCCAACCCAGGUGUCUGCCUCCGGCGCAGGGCUCCAUCCAGUGACUCCAAGGACCCUUUGGCCCCUGACAGCAUGGCCAUCUCCUCACCCCCCCCAAAGAAAGACUUACUGAUGCUCUCUAGUUUCUCCUCUGAUCAGUUAGAUCUGGAACCCUGAAUCACCUUUCCCUUCCUCACUGGGCUCCACUGGGUGCCAUAUCUCUCCUUCUGGGCUAUAUCCUUGAAAAAGUUCAGUAUAAACCAAGGAGAGUAUCACUUCUAUCAUCCUAACAGGCAUUGGAUAAACAAACAAAUACAACUUCCAAAGACAGUUUAAAUGCAGCAGUUUGGGGUCAUUAUGGUGGCUGAGGAGCACCAGACAGAGUAAGGGGCUGGGCCAGGAAGUUCUUCCAGGUGCCCAAGAGUGAUUGGGAGAAAGCAAUAUGUCUGUGCAGAAUCUCUAUGUAUAUUCUAUUUUAUUAAAU